UGAAACGUAUGAGACGGUGGACACGUUGGGUGCAGAGGGAUAUGCCAAGUCUGAGAUGAGAAGAUACUCUCUCGUUCUCUCAUCCCACUUCACGCACUUGACAGACAGACCCCUCCUAAUAAACCGGUGGUCAAACUCUAACCUAACCACGGUUAAGAUAAAAAAGCCGUUGAGAUCACCCCACGUGUAACAAUCUGAUGAUAUUUCUGUGCCGCUUCCCUUCGGGCGUUGGCUAUAAAGACCGUAACCUCACCGCUAAAUCCUCUUUCUUCCAUCCACAACAACAAACUCUUGUUUUUGAGAAAGAUCUCUCUCUCUCUCUCUCGUUUCACUCAACAACAAAGAAAUGGCGUUUCCUAAGGUUUACUUCGACAUGACCAUCGACGGGCAGCCGGCGGGAAGGAUCGUGAUGGAGCUAUACACGGAUAAGACCCCUAAGACGGCUGAGAAUUUCAGAGCUCUGUGCACGGGAGAGAAAGGAGUCGGGCGUGGCGGGAAGCCUCUACACUUCAAGGGAUCAAAGUUUCACAGAGUGAUACCUAAUUUCAUGUGCCAGGGAGGAGAUUUCACGGCCGGGAACGGAACAGGAGGAGAGUCGAUCUACGGGGCCAAGUUCGAGGACGAGAAUUUCGAGAGGAAGCACACGGGACCUGGGAUCCUGUCGAUGGCGAACGCCGGUGCCAACACCAACGGAUCUCAGUUCUUCAUCUGCACCGUGAAGACCGAUUGGCUUGACGGUAAGCAUGUGGUGUUUGGCCAGGUCGUCCAAGGUUUAGACGUGGUCAAGGCCAUCGAGAAGGUCGGAUCCUCGUCUGGGAAGCCAUCCAAGCCGGUGGUUGUCGCGGAUUGUGGUCAGCUCUCCUCUUAGGAUCAUCUUACAUCUCUCUCUCUCGAUCUCUAUAUAUCUCAGCCAGCGUACUCAGUGUUGUCGUGUCUUUGCUUUUGGCGUUAUCUUGCUCUCCUUAAAAGUUUGGUGUAUGUUAUCUCGUGAGAACGGAGGAGAGAUCUAUUCUCUCUCUCUCUCUCUCUCUCCCUCUCUCUCUUUUUGUGUCAUAUUUCUCUAAUAAUAAAAAUAUGUCCAACA